GGUGUGGAGAGAAGAAGAGAAGGAGGGAAGUAGUUUUGAGGAGAAGGCGGAGGGAGAAAGAGCCGUAAUUAUGUGCGUGGCUGUGCGGGGAACAUCAUACAUGCGCAUUUGGCGGUAUUUAUGCAGCUGAAUUAGCCAUGGCGCUAGCGGACACUUACUGACUCUAGCGGCUCGUGUGGACGAAACAUUUGAUAUUUUUUUUUAAAAAAAACAAAAACAAAAAUUAUAUAUCCAUAUAUAAAAAAAUAUUAUAAAGUGUAGUUUUUAAAAAUACGGAUGCGUGGAGGUUCACGCUGCGUAGAUAAAUAAACAAAUAAAGUAAAUAAAUAAUAAGAGAACCAGCACUCCGGAGGUUUUGUUGUGAGGCGUGUAGAAAAAGAGAACGCGGAGAUUUCUGAUAUUCCGGCCUUCUCCGGAGCCGGGACCUGGAGUUAGUACACAAGCUGAAGAGAAGAAAUGACGGUGAACUUGGACAAGGAGGCCUACUAUCGCCGGAUUAAACGACUGUACGGCAACUGGAAGAAAGGUGAGGAUGAGUUUGGGAAGGUGGAUGCCAUCGUGGUGUCUGUUGGAGUGGAUGAGGAGAUUGUGUAUGCGAAGUCCACUGCCCUGGAGACAUGGCUGUUUGGCUACGAGCUGACCGACACCAUAAUGGUGUUCUGUGAGACCAAGAUCAUUUUCUUGGCCAGCAAGAAGAAGCUGGAUUUCCUCAAACAGGUAUCCGUCACCAAAGGAAACGAGAACGCCAACGGGAUCCCGCCCAUCACACUCUUGGUUCGAGAAAAGAAUGAAAGUAACAAGGCUAACUUCGAGAAGAUGAUAGAAGCGAUACGGGGCAGUAAAGCAGGGAAGUCUGUGGGUGUCUUUAUCAAGGACAAGUUUCCCGGAGAGUACAUGAAGAGCUGGAACGACAUGCUUACCGCUGAGGGCCUGGAGAAGGUGGACAUCAGUGCAGUGGUGGCGUAUACAAUGGCAGUAAAGGAGGAAGGAGAGCUGACUCUGAUGAAGAAAGCAGCCUCGAUCACCAGUGAUGUCUUCACAAAGUUUUUCAAGGAAAGGGUCAUGGAGAUUGUGGAUGCAGAUGAGAAAGUGAAGCACAGCCGACUGGCAGAGUCGGUCGAGAAGGCGAUCGAGGACAGGAAGUUCUUGGGUGGCGCCGAUCCCUCGACUGUGGAGAUGUGCUACCCUCCUAUCAUCCAGAGCGGCGGUAACUACAGCCUCAAAUUCAGCGUGGUCAGUGACAAGAAUCACAUGCAUUUUGGCGCAAUAACGUGCGCAAUGGGCAUCCGCUACAAGUCCUACUGCUCUAACCUGGUGCGUACGCUCAUGGUGGACCCGCCACAGGAAAUGCAGGACAACUAUAACUUCCUCCUACAGGUGGAGGAGGAGCUACUCAAAGAGCUCAAGCAUGGGGUUAAGAUCUGCGAUGCCUACACUGCUGUCAUGGAGUAUGUCAAAAAGGAGAAACCGGACCUUGUCGGCAAGCUCACAAAGAACUUGGGGUUCGCCAUGGGGAUAGAGUUUAGGGAAGCCUCCCUGGUCCUGAAUGCUAAAAACCAGUACAGAUUAAAGAAAGGCAUGGUGUUGAGUGUGAGUCUGGGUUUUGCCGACAUGCUGAACAGCGAGGGAAAGAAGGAGGAACAGAAGAAGUACGCCCUGUUCAUCGGAGACUCUGUUCUGAUCAACGAGGAGGACCCAGCCAUUGUUCUAACGCCAGUGAAAAAGAAGAUCAAGAAUGUUGGCAUUUUCCUCAAGAAUGAUGAUGAGGAGGAUGAAGAGGAAGAAGAAAAUAAUGCCGACGAACUGCUGGGUAAAGGAGCUCGUGCUGCCCUGUUGACCGACAGGACCAGAAACGAGAUGACUGCAGAAGAGAAGAGGCGAGCACAUCAGAGGGAAUUGGCCAAUCAGAUGAACGAAGAAGCCAAGAGGCGUCUAACGGAACAGAAGGGUGAACAGCAGGUCCAAAAGGCCAGAAAGUCAAACGUGUCCUACAAGAACGUGUCCCAGAUGCCUCGUGAGAAGGACAUUCGGGACAUGAAGCUCUAUAUCGACAAGAAGUACGAGACUGUCGUCAUGCCGGUGUUUGGCAUAGCGACACCCUUUCACAUCGCCACCAUUAAGAACAUCAGUAUGUCAGUGGAGGGAGACUACACCUACUUGAGGAUAAACUUCUUCGUUCCUGGGAGCUCUCUGGGGAGGCAUGAGGGCAACAUCUUCCCCAACCCUGAGGCCACGUUUGUUAAAGAGAUCACAUACCGUGCAUCAAACCUGAAGUCUCCUGGCGACACGUCGGUUCCCUCCACCAACCUGCAAAACGCCUUCCGUAUAAUCAAGGAGGUGCAGAAACGCUACAAGACGCGUGAGGCUGAGGAGAAGGAGAAAGAAGGCAUCGUCAAGCAGGACUCGCUAGUUAUCAACUUGAACCGCAGUAACCCUAAGCUCAAAGACCUUUACAUCCGGCCCAAUAUCGCCCAAAAGAGGAUGCAGGGCUCGUUGGAGGCGCACACCAAUGGUUUCCGUUUCACGUCAGUGCGUGGUGAUAAAGUGGACAUCCUGUACAACAACAUCAAGCACGCCAUAUUCCAGCCAUGUGAUGGAGAAAUGAUCAUCGUAUUACAUUUCCACCUCAAGAACGCCAUCAUGUUUGGGAAGAAGCGCCACACAGAUGUACAGUUCUACACAGAGGUGGGAGAGAUCACCACAGACUUGGGCAAGCACCAGCACAUGCACGACCGAGACGACCUGUACGCCGAGCAGAUGGAGCGUGAAAUGAGACACAAACUCAAGUCUGCCUUUAAGAACUUCAUUGAGAAAGUGGAGACACUUACCAAGGAGGAGCUUGAGUUUGAGGUCCCUUUCCGAGAUCUGGGGUUCCAGGGCGCCCCCUACAGAAGCACUUGUCUCCUACAGCCAACAUCUAGUGCACUCUGCAACGUGACUGAGUGGCCUCCUUUCGUAGUGACGCUGGAUGAAGUGGAACUUGUUCAUUUUGAGCGUGUGCAGUUUCAUCUAAAGAACUUUGACGUCGUCAUAGUCUACAAAGACUACAACAAGAAAGUAACGAUGAUCAACGCAGUGCCUGUGAACUCUCUCGACCCGAUUAAAGAGUGGCUGAACUCGUGCGACAUCAAGUACACAGAAGGAGUUCAGUCACUGAACUGGACCAAGAUCAUGAAGACCAUCGUUGAUGACCCUGAGGGCUUCUUCGAACAGGGCGGCUGGUCCUUCCUUGACCCUGAGAGUGAGGGAAGUGGUGGAGAGGAGGACUCAGAGUCUGAGAUGGAAGAUGAGACAUUCAACCCUUCAGCUGAUGAGGAGGAGGAGGAGGAUGAGGACAGUGAUGAAGAUUACUCUUCAGAGACGGAAGACUCUGGAAAUGACUACAGCGCAUCACUGGGCAGUGAAGAGGAAAGUGGCAAAGACUGGGAUGAACUGGAGGAAGAGGCCAGAAAAGCUGACAGAGAGAGCCAUUACGAGGACGAUGAGAGUACAAACAGGAAAAGGAAGGGCCGGUCAACAGCUGCACCUCCCAGCAGCAAGAAGAAACGGCGGCGUUAGAACUCUACUUUCCAUACACACUCACCCAUACUGCCAAAUCGUGGUUUCUUUAAUUCUUCCUUCUCACUCUCUUGCUGUCUGUCACACGCACUGUAAAUAAAGGUUUCUGCCCUUUAGUCGUGUUGGAUAGUGAGUGUUGAAGAAAUGAUGCAGAGAGCAGAAAGACUCCAUGCAUAUUUCUCACCUUUUUAUUCCUGUUUGGCAUUGCGUGUGUGUGUGUGUGUGCUUCAAGUGUGCGAGUUCAUAAAUGAGGUUUUCUUGUAAAUUUCAUCAAGCUUUUUUUUUGUGUUUUUUUUUGGUUAACUAGAGAUAAAUGGCUUUUUUUUCCUCCCCCCUCGCUUUGCCAUGUGCUUUAUUAGAUUAUUACUUCUGUUUCUGUCAUUUUGUCCUUUCAGCUCUUGUUUCCUCAUGUUUCAUUCUUAAGGAACAGAUUGAAUAUAAGUUUGUGUAUAGAUUCAUUUUGAUUCCUGAACUGCCCCCUAUCAUUUUUGGGGGUUGGGUUGUAAGGGGAUAAGAGGGAUGGACAAAGAGGUGGACACAGACAACCAAUCUACAGACAUGAUGUGAACACUUUUUGUUAUUACAAUUUUCUUCAUUCUGAAUUGGUAGUCUUGUAUUAUUAAAUAAAAAUCUUCUUCCCCUUUUUUUAAUAAAAAUAAAAUAAGUCUUAA